CACUGCCUCGACUCCCGCGCCCUCCCUUCGGCCCGAACAAUACCCAUUGGCUCACGUGCACGGGUUUUGUCCACACCUUCCCUUUUCGGAUUGGACCGAGGGGGGGCGAAGGCGUUUACGUGCGUAUAUAGUUGCGAUCCCUGUUUCCAAUCCGCCCAUACCAUUGGAGGGUUGUUGACGGCGCGAGAGCGCGGAGAAGUGGAGUUGUAAUCCAAAGCGCGUUCCAGAGACAUUUACGGCGUACACUUUUCAGCACCUUGGAUAGCAUCCAAAGGAAGUUAGGAAAUAUCGGCAUUUUCAUUGUAAUUUAUUCACCACAUUCUUGUGGUCUCUCAAUCUGCCAGUCAGCAGGGUAAACCGGUCAACUUUUUGGAGAGUUUCCAGGCGACGGGACAGUGGCUACUAUAACGUCUAGCUCUGGUUGCUUUGCCCCUGUGGGCAAAUGUGCUAGUUGUCGCCUCUGCAUCGAUGGAGAGUUGUAUUCGGCAGAACAGAUUACGCGCCCCCUACUGAAACAUCGAGCGACCACUACCGACGGAUUCGCGCCGUGCACCUAUACGCCUGCGAAUGACAUGAAAAUAGAGUGUGUAACGAAACGUGGUGAUUCCAGCUAGCGCGAUCCGACCAGCUGCAGCCGAGCGGUAGUGGUGGUGGGCAGGUCCAGCUCGUCAGUGCAGCUAGCUGUUGCUCUCCAUUGUGUGAACCCCCGGCCGCUGUCGGAUCCCGCGCUGCUGCUGCUGCUGCUGCCGCUGCCGCUGCUGCUAGCGCUGCCGCUGCCGCUGCCGCUGCUGCUGCACAACAACUCGGGUGGCUGUAAAGACGCGCUAUCUCACCGUCGGGUUUCAAGCUCGGUUCCACUACAUCACAUCAGUAUGUGUUCUCGGGUUUGGUUCGUGACCGACCGCCGUAUCCACCAGGAGUACCCUCAGGUCCAGAUCCUCCGGGCGCUGAAAGAGCGAUGUGUGGAGGAGGAUGUUGAAUUCCGCUCCCUUCUCAUGGACCAGAUCGUCCUCACUAUCAGCGAAGGGAACCUAGGUCUCCGCGUAGAACAGGAGGUGGUGACCUCCUACCCCCAGGUGGCGGUGGUGCGCGUGCCCACGCCAUGGGUGCAGUCGGACAGCGACAUCACCGUGCUGCGGCACCUGGAGAAGAUGGGCUGUCGGCUCAUCAACCGGCCACAGGCCAUCCUCAACUGUGUCAACAAGUUCUGGACCUUCCAGGAGCUGGCGGGACACGGGGUCCCCCUGCCUGACACCUUCUCGUACGGUGGCCACGACAACUUCCGGAAGAUGAUCGACGAGGCCGAGCCCCUGGGCUACCCUGUGGUGGUGAAGAACGCACGCGGCCACCGAGGCAAGGCGGUGUUCCUGGCCCGGGACAAGCACCACCUCUCGGACCUGUGCCACCUGAUCCGCCACGACGCCCCCUACCUCUUCCAGGAGUACGUGAAGGAGUCGCACGGCCGCGACGUGCGCGUGGUGCUGGUGGGCGGGCGGGUCAUCGGCUCCAUGCAGCGCUGCUCCACCGACGGGCGCAUGCAGAGCAACUGCUCCCUGGGCGGCGUGGGCAUGAUGUGCCCGCUCAGCGAGCAGGGCAAGCAGCUGGCCACGCAGGUGUCCAACAUCCUGGGCAUGGACGUGUGCGGCAUCGACCUGCUGCAGCUGGACGACGGCUCCUUCGUGGUGUGCGAGGCCAACGCCAACGUGGGCUUCAUCGCCUUCGACCAGGCGUGCAUGGACGUGGCGGGCAUCGUGGCGGACUACGCGCUCUCGCUGCUGCCAGGCCGGCCCCUGAUCACGCGCAAGAUGUCCCUGCUGUCGGUGGUGUCGAGCAGCAGCGAGCCCGAGGUGUGCUGUGGCCCCGUGGGGCCCCCCGGCGCCGGGGUCUCGCUGGGUGGCGGCGGCAUCGGCAUCGGCGGCGGCGGCGGGACCGAGGCGGCGUGCAACAUGAGCGUGGGCUCCACCUCCUGCGAGAGCGACCCCGAGCUGGGCCGAGCCCACCCCGCCGCGGGCAGGCCUCGGACCCGGAGCUGCCCGAGCUGGGCGGGCUGCUGGAGGGACUGGCCGAGCCCCCCGGGUACAACUUCAACACCCUGCUCGCCAACGAGAUCAAGCUAUUGACUGAAUGAGACGGGGCGGACCCCGGCGCAAUCCCAUCCCCCCCCCCCCCGCACACCGCCGCCCCCCACUGCCGCACACACACUAUAUCUAUACAUAUCAACACACACACACACACACACACACACUAUAUAAUGCAUCCACGUCAACACACUAAUACGAGCGUCCUUGUGCACGGUGGGGAAAGACAUUCCUUCACCGAGCUCAAACCUCCCCGCCCUCGUCAACACAGAAGGACAUGCAGGUAUUAUCGCUACGACGCAGCGGCAAGAGAUGAACAAAUGAUACACAUGGAUACCUGACCCCGCACCACCACAACCCCAGAAUAAUCUGGCCUACACACCAACACGUCCACACACCACACACACACACACACACACGCACACACACACGCGCACACACACACACACACACACACACACAGCACCGACACGCACCAUACCUCACACUCCCUCCAAACACAAUGCGAUCCGAGGCUGCUCCCUGACCUCCCCCCCCUUCCCCCACCCCCUCCCCUCCCCCCCCCCCCCCCCCCCCAACCUCACCCUCCGCAGUUAGCAUUAGCAUUAGCGUGCUGAGCUGCGAUGGGGUGGCCGGAGAGGGAGGUACGGUGUGUUAGCUCACUGUGGAUUUUAAGCAGAAUUCCAUUUGGUUUUGUUUGGUAUUCUCUUUGGGCUGGAGGUGUUGAAGGGAACUCGAUAGUCACAAAACCCCACGAACGACGCAACACGACCGAAGGGCGGUUAUUGCGAUUUGUUUCCUCGGUUCCUAAUUAGCGCAAGGAUGGGUCGUUAUCCUGGUCGUGAUGUCACAACGCACUAGCAUCAGCCAAUCGGAAUCGGAGUCGCAAUGAGCCGCCUUUCACCAGAGACGGGCCUUCCCGUGCGCUUUUUGACUUUCUUACGGUUGCCCCCGGAAACCUUAGCAUUGGGAGACUAGAGUUUACGGGGGGAUUGAAGGUGCGAUGAAGUUCUAUUUAACAGGGUGGACGACUUGUCAGUUGAAAUGUAGCAAAGCGGUGGUCCUCAGCUCCAGAGAAAGAUGCUCCUCCCCCCCCUGGUAACCCCCCCCCCCCUCUCGAAACACACGUACCCAAACAAACAGCAGUGUAAUGUACAGUAUUCAAUCCAACGCGACACGCGGCCAACCGCUCGUGGGAGGCUUGUGCGCCAGGAAGACCAAAGUGCCACUGAGUUAUGUGUAAUAGAUCUCUCCUUAGCCAUCAGCUAACCCCCCUCCCCACACACCAUGACCUUUCAGGAGCAGCCACCAUCACACUCGCGUGCCAGGGGCUUCGAAUGGUUGCUGGCUGAGGGUGUGGGGGGCGUAGCAUGUUCGAUUUCCAUCUCGUGUGGGAACAAGCUACAGAGAGAUUCUUCAUCUGUACCUGCCAGGGUCUAUUAGGCCCCGCGAUAUCGCUUUUUAGGCUCCACGUUGUCACGGGACCCAUCCAACGUAGUGCGUAUCUAUGGGAACGACCAACUGCCAGACAUAGGUUUGUAGGCUUAUUAGAAAAUCUUUAGAGGCGUAGGAAUAAGAGCAUCAUCAAUUAUUUUUUAUUUUUUAUUCUGUUUUUGUUUUGUUUUUUAUUAAACUUUCAGUAGCUCGACCGGCAUGUUUUUUAAAUUAUAAAUACUAUUACAAAUACAAGUUUAAAAUGUUUGUGUUGAGCUGCUGUUUUUUUAAGAGUAGAACAUCUUGAAAACUUAGCACUUUAUGAUAAACAUGCAUUUGUUUUUGCUAAGAAGAGGAUCUUUUGAGAAAAAGAAAAAACAAGCCUUUUCCACCUGUAAGCAGGAUAUACCUCAAGAACAGUCAUGACUUCUCACUGCCAUACGAUGAACUAGGCUCGAUCCAUACAUAUCAUUCCAUAUGGGGUCUUUUGUUAUUUAUUGGGAUGCCGAUAAAUCCACCCUUUAUAUUAACGAGCUAGCUAGUUAGCGUACGUUGUCUUGUAAAUAAUAGAGUAGGGUUUUACUCUUUGAUAUUUUAACCAUCAACCAGAUCGCAACUGUCAAAAAUGACAACAUUACAAUGACUGCCAAUUUUAACAAGUUAUUGGGUACAAAUCCAGUUUUAUACAGACCUGCGAUGUUGGAGGGGGGUGGGGGGGAUGACUUAAACUGAUAUUUGGUGCUAAUUCUUCUUGAAUGGAUUUAGACGUUGAUUUCUAUGAUUUCUAAUGCAUACUAUGAUAAACUAUCGUCUUUCUGUUUUUCUUCCGUUCUUUUAAGCAAGCUGAGGUAACCCAUCGAAUAUAGGCCUAGGCAUGAUGUACAAAUAAAAAAAAUAGAAAAAAAUAUAUUUUUUCAGCUGUUUUCAAUAUAAUGUAAUUUUUUUUGUGUUUUAUUGACGGUUUAGAAAAUAACUUAUCUUUUCUGGGGAUUUCUAAAGCGUUUGAAAGAUUUUCUUGAGCUUUUGAUUUAAAACAACAAAACAAAAAAUCAGAUUUUCACCUCACUUUCACCAGGCAGCCUUGUUUCAACCAAUGCUUAUCAGCAAAAAUAUCUGCUAGCUGAGGACAACAAAAACACUGUAUAAUCCUCUCGAGUCCCACCUGGGAUAAAAAGCACAAAAUGGUCACACAGCCGCGUGCCACUUUGUGUGUGUGUAUGUGUAAAUGUGUGUGUGUGUGUGUGUGUGUGGAUGGUUAACCUCUCCCCGUUUAGCUCAUCUACCCCCUGAACGCGACUCAGGGAAGCAGCCUUGAUCUCUCCCUAGCCCCGCCCCCAAAUCUCACCCAAACUCAAAGCAUGUGGCGCAUGUGUCCACGCACACUCUCACACUGACACUACACACACUGACAUCUACACACAACAGUCGAAACUAAAAAAAGGCUUGUGAUAAAAAAAAAAAAUGCUGUGUAUACCUCUCAAGGUAAACAUGCACUUUUUUUUCCUUCCCUUUUUUCUUCUUUUUCUUUUCUACAUUGUUCUGUGUUUUUUUAAAUCCUCGCUCAUGUUUGUGCACACUAACCUUGUCUCCGUGACGCGAGACUGCUGUGAAUCUUAACCCUGUCCGGGAUCAUCUACCAAGGGCCAAACCGACCAGACGGCUGCCAACAUUUUACAGACUUUCCCUGAGAUUUUUAACACCGUUUACAAUACUGUGAUGUUGUCUGGGGAUAUAUACAGUAUAUUGCAGAAACACCUUUUGAAAAAGUACAAAUGUGAACACAGCGAAUCCUGCCCGAUCCCGGGACAACACUCCCGUCACCAUCUCUUGUCUUCUUUUGUAUCCAAGUAUGUGUCCCUUUCCCCAUUACAGUAUUUUCUAGGUAAAUGUAAAUAAUAAAUACAAAAAAACAACAAAAUACACCCUCCUCUCCUCCACAGGGGGUGGAUCUCAAACGUGUUUCUUUUACGUCUCGGGCCCCCUUACCAGUUGUAACCAGAGUGUUUACGGCAUCCUGAGCACGCGACCAAAGAAGGUCCCGGUACGGUCGUCGUGACCACUAAUGACUUUAAACACACACACACACACACCUUUCUCCGGCUGCCCUGUGUACAACUGAGGUGGUUUCAGAGCAGAAGUGAGGCUCAAGAAGGCAGAAGUACCUCAAUCAACGCCAGGGAUGGAGAGAAGAGGAUUGAGUCGAGAGGGGGAGGAGGUGUGCGAGAGAGGAGGUGGAUGAUGUCAUUGAGGUGACGUCUUGCUGUUCUGACCCGGUCGUAGUGGGGGGGCAGAGGGAGAGGGUGUUUUUGAGGGUGGGGGGGGGGGGGGGGGGGGGGGGUGGUAGAAGAGGCCCCCUACGUUUCCAGUUGUUGUGUACAACGGCAUGAAGUAAGGUUACUAUUUAUUGAUGAAAAUGCUGCUACUGUACAUUUGGCUCAAAAUAUGAAAAAGGGAAUGAAGAACCGAGUGUUCCCAUGUCUUGUUGCCUCUCGACGACGAAUAAAAAUGAAUCUCAAUGCCAAACAAAAAAGACCACUCGCAAGCAUUUUGUUGUAUAAUUCAAUACUCAUAAUACCAGUUGCAAGAUGGUUUGAACCCUGACACUUGUUUUGAUAUGAAUAAUGAGACACAUGCUGUAUGAAUUGUGUGUGUAUAUAAAUAUGUUUCACACGGAUCAUUAGGUUUCCUCCACUGAUGGUCAAUCUUUAUACCUAGGUAAACAUCAUUAUACCAAGAGUUGGAUGAAGCAACACAUUGAAGCCCUAUUUAAGAGCGAGUGACUGUGGUGUCUUGACAACAGACAGAAUCAUGCUUGGCGUAAUAUAUCACAUCAUGGCUAUAAUGUCAGGCUGGAAGGGAAAGUGGAUUGGAAAUGACGGUCUAACGCUCAGAGGGGCCUCUGACUUGCAAAGCAGUAUUCAGCCGGCCAACAAAUC